UUGUCUUUACGGCUGACUGUCAACUUGAGUUGUGCGUCUUUGCCGUUCGCUGCAAGCGAGUGUUGUGUUGUGAGCCCUCAGUAAACUCGAAGUACAUUUCACUGAGAACUCUGCCAAAAUGUCAGGGGAAGAUCCCGAGCAAUAUCUGCGUCCUACGGACAAAGCAACCAUGCUCGAACGUACGAAGACGUUCGAUGCUAAAAAAUGGUUGUGGAUUCCAGAUGAAAAGGAAGGCUACUUGGCUGCCGCUGUUGCCUCGACCAAAGGUGAUAUGCUCACGGUGGAAACAUCCGCAGGAAAGAAAAUCGAUAUAAACAAAAAUGAUACCCAGCAGAUGAACCCUCCUAAAUUCGAGAAAUGUGAGGACAUGGCCAGCUUGACCUAUCUCAACGAAGCUAGCGUGUUAUAUAACCUGAAGCAACGUUACACAUCGGCCCUAAUCUACACAUACUCUGGUCUUUUCUGUGUCGCCGUCAAUCCGUAUCGCCGGCUUCCAAUCUACACCCCUCAAGUGGUUCAAAUGUUCAAAGGAAAGAAGCGAAGUGAAAUGCCACCUCACGUCUUCUCAAUCUGCGACAACGCCUACCACGACAUGUUGCAAGAUCGCGAGAAUCAAUCCAUGUUGAUUACAGGUGAAAGUGGAGCUGGGAAAACAGAAAACACGAAGAAGGUCAUCCAGUAUUUUGCCAAUGUUUCCAUGGGAGGAUCCAAGAAGGAUAGCGAUGCAAAUGUGCCAUCAAUCGAAGACCAAAUCGUUAUGUGUAACCCAAUCCUGGAAGCCUACGGAAAUGCGAAAACCAUCCGAAACAACAACUCCUCACGUUUUGGAAAGUUCAUCAGAUGUCAUUUUAACACCCAAGGCAAACUCGCUGGCGCAGAUAUUGAAACAUAUCUUCUGGAAAAGUCGCGUGUUAUCAACCAAGGGCCCGACGAACGAUCUUAUCAUAUCUUCUACCAAAUCCUGAAGAGCGCUUCGGCAGAUUUGCACAAAACGCUUUUGAUGGACAGCCGUAAACAUGACGACUACAAAUUCUUGGAAAACAGCGUCGACUUCGCGAACGGUAUCGAUGACGAUGAACUCUGGGAGGAGACGGAAGAGGCUGCGCGAGUCCUGGGUUUCACUGACGACCAGCGUAUCGCCAUGUACAAAACAUGCGCUGGUAUUCUCCACUGGGGAAACGGAAAGUUCAAACAACGACCGAGAGAGGAACAGGCCGAAGUUGCUGAAGCGGAAGCAUUGGAGAAGGCUUCCUUCUUGUUUGGCGUGCAGUAUUCCGACUUUACAAAAAUGUUGGUGAAGCCUCGUAUCAAAGUUGGUAAUGAAUAUGUGAACCAGGGACGUAACAUGCAACAGGUGCAAUACUCCAUCGGUGCUCUGUCGAAAACCAUGUACGAACGUAUGUUCUUCUUCCUUGUGAACCGAAUUAACGAAACUUUGGACCGAAAGGAAAAACGAAAUUACUUCAUUGGUGUGUUGGACAUUGCAGGAUUUGAGAUCUUUGAUUACAACUCCUUUGAACAAUUGUGCAUCAAUUUGACAAACGAGAAACUGCAACAAUUCUUCAACCACACUAUGUUCGUGUUGGAACAAGAAGAGUACCAAAAGGAAGGAAUCAAGUGGGACUUCAUCAAUUUCGGAAUGGAUCUGGAACCGUGCAUCAACCUCAUCGAAAAGCCGAUGGGAAUCUUCGCCAUCCUUGAAGAGGAAUGCAUGUUCCCGAAAGCAACGGAUCAGACGUUCUUGAACAAGCUCCACAGCACUCAUGAUGGAAAACAUCCAAACUACGCUAAACCGAAGGGCUCCAAGGCUACGUACGAUUUCGAACUCGGCCAUUACGCCGGAAAUGUGGGCUACUCCAUCGCCAACUGGCUCGACAAGAAUAAGGAUCCCAUCAACGAAGCUGUUGCCUCAUUGCUAGGAAAAUCAAGCGAUGCUUUCGUUGCUGACAUGUUCAAAGAAUAUGGAGGCGGAGAAGGAGCAACCAAAGGUCGAGGUGGAAAGAAAGGAGGAAGUUUCCAAACGGUUAGCAACCGUCACAAAGAACAAUUAAAUAAACUUAUGACCAUGUUGUACUCGACAACACCUCAUUUUGUACGUUGUAUCAUCCCGAACGAAGAGAAGAAGCCAGGUCAGGUAGACGCCAACCUUAUCUUACAUCAACUGAGGUGUAAUGGUGUGCUGGAAGGUAUUCGUAUUUGCCGAAAGGGUUUCCCCAACAGAAUGCCCUUCGAUGAGUUCAAACAAAGAUACCAGAUCCUCGCUCCGAAUGCAAUCCCGCAAGGUUUCAUGGAUGGAAAGAAGGCCGCUGACAAACUGAUCGAGGCUCUUCAACUUGAAGAAAAUGAAUACCGAGUCGGAAGCACCAAGGUAUUCUUCAGAGCUGGUGUCCUGGGUACCUUGGAAGACAUGCGUGAUGAACAACUGUCCAAGAUCAUCUCUCAAUUCCAGGCCUUCGCCAAGGGCUUCCUCAUGCGACGACGUUACCGCAAGAUGUGCGACCAGAGAAUUGGUGUCGCUGUGAUCCAGAGAAACGUGAGGAAGUAUUUGUUCUUGAAGAACUGGGCUUGGUGGAAGCUUUACACCAAAGUGAAACCGUUGUUGAACGUCGCCCGAACUGAGGAAGAAAUGAAACAGAAGGAAGAAGAGUUGGCAAAACUCAAAGACGAUUUGGCAAAGGAGAAAGAAUUGAGACAAGCACUCGAGAACGAGAAGACUGAUUUGAUUCAAGAGAAACAACAGCUGUACGAUGAUUUACAAAAGGAAUCAGAAUCUUUGGAAAACACCGUUGAAGAUUUGCAGAAGGCACGUGGACGUUUGGAGGACAUGGAGGGUCAACUCACAGAAUUGAACGAACGACUCGAGGAUGAAGAGGAUAACAACGCUGAGAUCACCGCGAUGAAACACAAACUUGAAGAUGAGGCCGAAGACUUGAAGCAAGAAAUCUCUGAACUUGGCACAGCUUUAGAGAAGGCUGAACAAGAGAAAGCCGCUCGUGAACAGGAUAUUGAGAGACUUAAUGACGAGAUUGCGAAACAAGACACUGCUUUGGAGAAAUUGAACAAAGAAAAACGAAGCCUUGAAGAUGAACGAGCCGAAUUGGAAGAUCAACUUCAUGAAGAGGAGAACAAAGUGAACGGUUUGACCAAGGCUAAAGCAAAACUCGAACGGGAUCUUGACGAGCAAAUCGAAGUUUAUGAGAAAGAAAAGAAAGUUCGUGGAGAAGUUGAAAAACAAAAGAGAAAGGUGGAAGGUGAUCUGAAGAUGACCAGAGAUGAACUCCAAGAAAUGACUUCAAAGAGAGACGAACUUGAGAGUGUUGUCAAGAAGCGAGAUGCUGAAAUUAGCGAGUUGAACAACGCGGUUGAGGACAACAAUGCACUUAUCGCACAACUACAGAAGAAGAUCAAAGAACUUGAGGCGAAAGUGGCGGAGUUGGAAGACGAACUCGAAAACGAACGAGCCCUUCGCGCCAAGGCUGAACGCGCCCGCAACGACCUGGAACGUGAACUUGAGGAUCUUCAAGACGCCUUGGACGAGCAAGGUGGAGCUACUCAGGCUCAGGUGGACCUGAACAAAAAACGCGAAGCUGAAAUCAGUAAACUCCGACGUGAUGUUGAGGAGGCCAAUGCCCAGCACGAACAAGCCAUCAGCAGCAUGCGAAGUAAAAAUCAACAAGCUUUGGCUGAAGUUCAGGAGGAACUGGAGACAUUCAAGAAAUCGAAAGCAAAAUUGGAAAAAGAGAAGAAUGCUCUGACACAGGAGGCUGACGAACUUGCCGAGAGUAACGAGAAGCUGCAGAAAGCUAAGGCCUCUCUUGAAAAGAACAACCGUGCCAUGGACGCAGAAUUAUCCGAAAGUCGAAGUGCGCUGGAAGAGCUUCGCACAGCCAAUGCUGAUCUCGUCUCGGCGAAACAAGCCCUGACGAACGAGAAUGCAUCGCUAAGCUCACAACUGACGGAAAUGGAAGGCAGAGCUGCGACUUUGGCUAAGAACAAGAAAUCUUUGGAGACUCAACUGGACGAGGUGAAGAACGCUUUGGAAGAGGAAGGAAGGGCAAAGAACGAAUUCUUUGAUAAGAUGAGGAACUUCGAAGCUGAUUUGGAGCUCGCUAGACAGGACAACGAAGAUCUUGAGGAAGCCAAAGAGAACUUGGAGAAGGAAUUGGCCAAAGCAAAGAACGACAUCUCAAUGUGGAAGAGAAAGUUCGAAGAGGAAGGACAAGCAAAAGCAGAAGAACUUGAAGGAGCCAGACGAAAAAUUGCUGCCAAGUUGGCGGAAACCGAAGAGGAACUCGCAGCCGCUCUGUCGAAGGCUAAUUCCGCUGAGAAAGCAAAACAACGUUUGGCUGGAGAAGUCGAAGACCUCAAUGUUGAACUGGACAAAGCCUCAAAUCUUGCCGCCUCAUACGAGAAGAAGCAAAAGAAGAUCGAUCAGGAGAUUGCACAAUGGAAGGCGAAGGUUGACGAAGUCCAAGCCGAGCUUGAAGCGUCUCAACGCGAGUCGCGUGCCAACUCCACUGAGGUUUACAAACUCCGAGCUCAAUUAGAAGAAUCGCAAGAUGUCGCUGAGCAACUUCGACGUGAGAAGAAAUCAUUGGAAGGCGAAGUUAAAGAUCUCAUCGACCAACUUGGUGAAGGAGGAAAAUCUGUCGUCGAAUUUGAGAAAUUGAAGAAGAAACUCGAGAUGGAGAAAGAAGAACUUCAAAUGAACAUGGAGGAAUUGGAAGGCGCCCUCGAACAGGAGGAAGCUAAGGUGCUCAAGGUUCAACUUGAAAUGACUCAAUUGAAACAAGAAUACGAACGACGACUGGCGGAGAAGGACGAAGACGCAGAAAGCUUGAGGAAAAACUACAAUCGCCAACAAGAGAGUAUUCAGGCAUCCUUGGAAGCAGAGAGCAAGGCUAAGAAUGAACAGAUUCGAUUGAAGAAGAAGGCUGAACAAGAUGCGGCCGCUUUGGAACUUGCUUUGGAAGCAGCACACAGGGACAAUGCAGAAAACGCCAAGAACGUGAAGAAAUUACAACAACAACUGAAGGAAUUGCAAGUCAUGGUUGAAGACGAGCAGAAAGCACGCGACGAUGCACGGGAGAGUCAGGCGAAAUCUGAACGCAAUGCUAACAAGUUGUCUGCUGAAUUGGAGGAAGUACGGGCUCAGUUAGAACAGUCUGAACGACUCCGACGAAACGCUGAAAAUGAAAGUCAAGAUGCAACUGACCGCGUUGGUGAGUUACAAGGACAGAUCUCGUCUCUCCAGUCCGCCAAACGCAAGGCCGAAGACGAUUUGCAAUCGAUCCGAGACUCCGUUGACGAACUCGAAAGUGACCUCAAGACAGCCGAAGAGAAAGCACGCCGAAGUGCUGCCGACGCUGCCCGACUUGAAGACGAACGUGCCGCCGCGCAAAACGCAGCAAAUGCUGCAGAGCGCGCACGGGCUGCCGCUGACAAGCAGGCCAAGGAUCUGCAGGCUCGACUUGAAGAGGUUGAAGCUGCUGGUGGUAAGGCAUUGAAGAAUAAGAUCAAGACCUUGGAACAGAAAAUCAAAGAUUUGGAAGAUGAUUUGGAUGCUGAAGUUCGCGUGAAGACUGAACAACAGAAGGCGAUUAAGAAGAACGAUCGUAAAGUUAAAGAGCUGUUGGCCCAAGCUGAUGAAGACCGCAGAGCCAUUGAGAAGCUUCAGGAUACCUCUGAACGACAGAACAAGAAGUUGACUCAACUACGCCGCAGAGCCGAGGAAGCGGAGGAGACUGCUGCCUCAAACAUGACCAAACUUCGCAGAGUGCAGGCUGAUUUGGAAUCCGCCGAGGAGAGAGCUGAUACCGCUGAACAGGCAGCCAGACGUCGCCCUGCUGGGGGCGCAGGUGGCCGCGCAUCUGCUGGUAGAGCUGGGUCUAGAACACCAGGAAGAUCUUCAUCCCGCGAGCCUUCGCGACGUGGUUCCAAAAGUGACGCCGAGUAAAGACCAGAACUUUCAUUAAACUAAGUCAAAAUAGCUAGAACCGACAGCAUAACAGCUGUAGUUAUUGUAUGGUCACCUUAUAUAGAUAGAGUCCAAAAUAUUCGGGCAAUAUUAACUUUAAACAUAGCGUAAUUUUACCAUUAAGGACAUGUAAUCAUUGCUAGGAAUUUUGUAUGUCAGUUAAUUUUCAAUUUUAAUAAAUUUAAGUUUCCAA